UCGGAAACCUUUGAAUUUUAGCUGAAAGUGUGCGCUAUCUGCAUCUGUGGAUCAAUUCGCAGCCGCUCGUGCCACCUAACUCUACCAUUUCAUCAUCACCAACUCCCCUUCGUACUCAAUACGUCAAUUCCAUCGCUGCUCUCCCAUAAAUUUAUGUUUCUCCGUAUGCUAUUAUGGCGUGUUGACCGAGAACAGCAGGGCGAUGGCGGUGAGGGAAAGCGCUUGGGAGAUCCAGGUGGAGGACGUCAUCGCCGCUGGACUGCCUCCGGCGGAGGCGAGGGAUUUUCAUUUAGCGCUCCGGUCGGCGGCCAAUGCCGGCCGACAGGUAGGGAUGGAGGCGGAGGUGUGGCGAGCAGUGGUGACGCAAAGAUUACUGAGGCCGGAUCAUCCUCACGCUCUCCACCAGCUCGUGUACUACUCCGUGUACGCGAAGUGGGACUUGGCUGAGAGAGGGCCUCCGCCUUACUGGUUCCCCUCUUCGGCACAGUGUAAGCUGACAAACCUUGGACGGCUUAUGGAAGCCAAUGGUCCAAAACUCUUGGGUUCAUCAUAUGUGGAUCCCAUUACAAGUUUUAAUGUAUUCCAAAAUUAUUCUGUUUGUCAUCCGGAGGUGUACUGGUCAAUUGUGGUGAAGGAGCUUUCUGUUAUAUUUCGCAAUGAAGCUAAAUCUAUUCUUGACACUUCUGAUAAGUUCAAGGAGGGGGGAGCUUGGUUCCCUGGUGCUGUUCUGAGUAUCGCUGAAUGUUGUCUAUUGCCAUCAAAUUCUCCAAACAAAACAGAUGGGAAUUCGGCUAUACUUUGGAUGAAUGAAGGUUCUGAUGAUUCUCCUGUUAGCAGUUUAUCUCAAAAGGAGCUCCGCCGCCAAGUGAUGAUGGUCGCAAAUGCACUUGACACUCUAUUUACAAAGGGAGAUGCAAUUGCAAUUGACAUGCCAAUGACUUCCACUGCGGUUAUAAUAUAUCUAGCCAUCAUCCUGGCAGGAUACGUUGUUGUGUCCAUUGCUGACAGUUUUGCAUUCAAGGAGAUUGCAACUCGCAUGCGGAUAUCGAAAGCCAAAGGAAUAUUUACUCAGGAUUUCAUAAUUAGAGGUGCGAGGAAAUUUCCCCUUUACAGUCGUGUUGUAGAGGCGACCGAUUGUAAGGCAAUCGUUGUUCCUGCUUCCGGUAAUGAUGUGGGACUUACACUAAGGAACCAUGAUUUAUCCUGGAGAGAUUUUCUGUCACGUGUUGCGGGUCUUCCCAGGCCAUGCGACUAUUCCCCUGUUUACCAAUCUGCAGAUGCUGCGAUUAACAUACUGUUUUCUUCUGGAACUACUGGAGAACCCAAAGCUAUUCCUUGGACACAUAUCUCCGCAAUUAGGAGUGCAGCAGAUGGGUGGGCACACCUGGAUAUCCAAGCUGGAGAUAUAGUAUGCUGGCCUACUAACUUGGGAUGGGUGAUGGGUCCAAUUUUACUCUACUCAUGCUUUUUGAAUGGUGCUACACUUGCUCUUUAUCAUGGGUCACCCCUUGGACGUGGCUUUGGAAAAUUUGUUCAGGAUGCUUCUGUGACAAUCUUAGGUACGGUACCAAGUCUAGUGAAAACAUGGAAGAGUAGCAAGUGCAUGGAAGGACUUGACUGGACAAAGAUCAGGCUAUUUGCUUCAACUGGAGAAGCUUCUGAUAUUGAUGAUGACAUAUGGCUUUCUUCUAGAGCCUUUUAUAAGCCUGUUAUUGAAUGUUGUGGUGGGACAGAGCUUUCAUCAUCUUACAUCCAGGGAAGCUUGCUGCAACCCCAAGCCUUUGGAGCAUUUAGCACACCCUCAAUGACAACUGGUUUUGUCAUUUUUGAUGAGCAAGGAAUUCCUUAUCGUGAUGAUGAACCUUGUGCUGGAGAAGUGGGUUUAUUUCCUAGAUUUAUGGGAGCUAGUGACAUGCUGCUUAAUGCUGAUCACAAGAAGGUUUAUUUUGAUGGUAUGCCAUCUUACAGAGGAAUGAUCCUCCGAAGACAUGGAGACAAAAUUCAGAGAACAGUAGGCGGAUAUUAUAUUGUACUCGGCAGGGUCGAUGAUACCAUGAACCUUGGAGGUAUCAAGGUAAAGAUAGCAACUGACAACGCAGUUGUUUCUUUUCAUUCAGCUUUUAUUAUUUGUAAUAUCUUUGUAUUCAUCAAUCAUAUUAUGUAUCUUGUCUUGAAGACAAGUGCAGUUGAGAUUGAAAGGGUAUGCAAUAGGGCUGAAGAAAGUGUGUUGGAGACAGCUGCGGUUAGCUUUCGGUCCAGAGACGGUGGACCUGAGCAGUUGGUUCUGUUUGCAGUGCUAAAACCUGGAACGACAAAAGAAGAAUCCAGUUUGAGGGCCAAAUUUCAGAGAGCAAUUCAGAAGGAACUAAACCCUUUGUUCAAGGUAAACCUGGUUAAAGUCGUUCCGGAGUUUCCACGGACUGCUUCUAACAAGCUGCUACGACGAGUUCUAAGGGAUGAACUGAGCAAGGCUUCAACCCUCAGCAAACUGUAAGAAACUUCGAAAUAUCUUGUUUGGUCGAAUGCCAAUGUAACUAUUAGCAUUGUGAGCCGUCUUCAAUAGGAGAGAUUAUUCUGUGGGGACAUCGAACGUAACUUUACAUCCGGAUACCAAUUAGAAUGAGUCACGUCAGCAAUACCGAGCCGCGGUACUGAACAGUACUGAGCCGUGGGCUUAGAUAUUCGGAAGGGAUUCGGCUUCUGCAUAGAAUAAUUUUUCCUUCAAUAGUGUGGUAAUGUUUGGUGUACUUCUAGAAGCUGUUUAGUUGUCCAAAAACAUAUUACAUAUGCCUUGGGCAAGUUUGCAGUGUAAGGUUUCGUUUGAGACUGCUUUUUUAUUGCUUCUUAAAAAUGAAGUUUUAAUAUAAAUAUUAAAAUUUUAGUACUAAAACUCUGUUUUGAGAAGCAAUAAAAGAGUUGUCUUAAAUGAAGCCUAAAUCUUUUUCAAAUUCAGUUCAUAUUGGAAAUGAAGGAGGAAUUAAGUAUGAAGGGGAGUGUUUUGUAUUUGUUUUUUUAAUCAUAGCGCACGAAAUGUAUGUGGAUUUUGUUUACAGAUAUUUCUAAAUUAUUGUAAUAUAGAGAUGUUUCCAUGGAUCAAAA